AUGUACAUUAGCGAUAAAGGACACAUUCCUUUAAGGAAAGAUAAACACCUCACAGGUACUGCUCGUUAUGCUAGUUUGAAUAAUCACAAAGGAUAUGAACAAUCAAGAAGAGACGAUUUGGAAUCACUGGGAUAUGUAUUAUUGUAUUUCCUCCGAGGAACACUUCCAUGGCAAGGUUUGACAGGAAAGACUAAAGAAGAUCACUAUAACAAUAUUUAUAACAAGAAGAAGAAUAUCAAGGUUGUUUCUCUUUGUAAGGGUUUACCUAUUGAGUUUGCUACUUAUUUGAAUUAUACCAGAGGUUUGAAGUUUUUCCAAGAACCUGACUAUUUGUAUCUGAGGAAUUUAUUCCUUAAUUUAUUCGUGAGAGAAAGAUACUCAUUGGAUUAUGAAUGGGAUUGGAUAGUUCAAGAACGAAAGCAACGCACGGAACAACAAUCACAACAAAGAUAA